GGUGUCGUUUCGGAGCAGUAGAAGCGCAGUCGCAAGGGAAGGCGUUAUUAACAGCCCUCCCCUCACCGCCCAAUACACAGCUUCCUUUGCCCUCAGCGUCGUCUCCUUCUCCUUCUCUUUCUCUCCCUCGGAAACACCUUAGCUCUUAGAUAGCCAUGGCUACAUUAGCAGCGGCUGCAGCUCGUCAAGCAGCAACUCUCAGUCGCAUCUCUACUCCAAGGACCCCUUUUCAAGCCGCUAACCUAGUUCAGAGGCGGGGUCUAGCCGGUGCUGCAGAUCACCAUGGCCCCCCAAGGGUUAACGUCUGGGAAGACCCAAUGAGCCCCUCUAAAUGGAAGGAAGAGCAUUUCGUUAUUGUCUCUUUAUCUGGAUGGGGCCUGCUCAUCUUUGGAGGGUACAAAUUGUUUUCAGGAGGAAAAGACAAGAAGGAAGAGAAAGUGGUGGAAGCAACAAGCUAAAUUCUUAAGCUUCGAUGUUCAGGAAUUCUUGAUAAUAAUGUUUUGCUUGGACCAGGUCCUGGGAGAUAAUUUUCUUUUUGGCAAAAGCAACUUUGAUAGUUAGUUGAUGUUGAAAUUGUUAAGACUUGGAGGUCAAUUUGUUUUUAUCGGGAGAGUCUCUUCAUUUGCUUGUUCUAUAGUUGCUUUUACGCUGGGUGCAUUAACCUUUUACGUUCAAUAAUGAUUUAGUUUGUCAUUGAAAAGAAAAAACAUGAAAGAGUCCAAGACUAUUCUUACUUUGGCACUUGAUACUUUAUAUCAGAAACUGGUUUUCAUUUUGCCACCAA